UACGACGACCAGCUGUUGUACAUAUAGGAUCUAUUGGCAAGCCUACCGAGCGUAUCGAACAGGUUGUUCACAUGUUGUCAGAAGAACAGAAGAGGAAAAAACUUGUGGAAAUUUUGGAUAAGAAGUAUCCUCCUCCAAUUAUUAUUUUCGUCAACCAAAAGAAGGGUGCAGAUGUACUCGCCAAGAGUCUACAGAAGUUCGGUCACGAUCCUUGUGUAUUGCAUGGUGGUAAAAGCCAAGAUUCCAGAGAGUACGCUCUCCAAUCCUUAAAAGAAAACAAGAAAGACAUUUUGGUAGCUACAGAUGUUGCCGGAAGAGGUAUUGAUAUCAAGGAUGUGUCCCUGGUACUCAAUUACGAUAUGGCUAAAUCGAUCGAAGACUACACUCACAGAAUUGGUCGUACUG